CCAUUCCGUUCUGAAUUCGAUAGUACUUGUCUUCCUUUAUGAUCUCGUUCUCACUCGGUUCUGUUCCUCCGUUGCCUCUCACCUACUUCCUUCUUUGUUUGGGUACCGCCUGGUCUGGCGCUGCAGCUACGUCUGCUCAUCUCAAGUAGCCUGGGAACGACUGAGUUCUCCGUUUCCUCUGCUACCAGUUCAAGCUUCCCGAUCUCAACGGUGCAUUUGAACGUGUCGGUGUCGCCAAAACCAAUCCUAUAUCCAGGAACACUGGUGUGAAUCAAUAUCACGACGCCCGAACGACAACUUCUCUCACGAACCUCAUCAGAAGAGGAGAAGCACACGUUUCUGGCCAAGAUGACGAUGACAAGAUGUACUAAUGCGGAGGAAUCUCUUAUCCUUAAUAUCCAAUCGCAAGCCAUCCCUGAACCCAACUCGCCCAUCCAUUCCCUCCCUCCUGAAAUCCUUUCCAAAAUAUUCCUCCUCACAUUCAAAGACGAUCCAUAUUCCAUUCUCAUGACCGGGGGUCCAUGGCUACUGGGGAGAGUCUGCCGCUGGUGGCGAGAUAUCGCUUGGUGCUAUCCUGCGCUAUGGUCAUCUUUUAAAGUUAACUUGCCACGACAACGGAGUCGAACAGAGCGGCUGGAUGUCGAAGUAAGGAUACUCCAGGAGGCGUUACACCGGGCCAGGCAGAGCGGACUGUCCAUGGACAUUGAUGCAGAUAUACUUUGCCAUGAUCGCGCCGACGCCAUCACCCAGACACUGUUGCAGCAUGCGCCACAAUGGGAAAACAUCAGACUCUCAGGCCGUAUGGUUGAUAUUUGGGCCCGCCAAUGGUCACGAUUCACUGAUUCCUCUCCUGCCCGUUUUCCCUUACUGAAGUCACUUCACCUGGAUGCUCAUUUUCCCAAGGGUCUCCACGCCACCCUCAGCAUAUUUAACCACGCACCCAUCCUCAGACACCUCCGAUUUAUAAUUCUAAUACCCCUACCGAUGCAUUUCCAUCCAGAUAAAAUGCCCUUUCCUUGGUCGCAUCUCACACACUUGCACUUGUCUGUCUUUGAGAACGACGGUGCCACCCGGGGGGCCAUCAUCAAGGUUCUCCGUCUCUGUACAAACCUUGAAGAAUUAACUGAGCAGAGUGCACUCUGCUUGGAGCAAGAUCCCAUUUCCCCGCUGACGCUCCAGAAGCUCUGUUCAUUGACUGUCAAAUCGUUUCGCUUACUCCAAUGCCUUGUCUAUCCCAUAUUGGAAUACCUAUUAUUCACCAUGCCCCCUGAGGAACCUGGGCCAUCAGGUUCGCUCCCAUUAUUUCAUCAAUUCUUUGAGUGUUCUGGGAGUCAGCUGCAGACUCUUGACAUCUGCAUAAUGGGGGAUUCCAUGGACCCUGUUCAACUAUUCUCAUACCUUCCCCGGCUUCACAAAUUGCAUCUCUUCUUUCCAGAUGACAAUGACAAGGAUCCGUCGAGGUUUUUCAAGUGCCUCGGUGAUACAAGUGCAGUGCUCCCCAGUUUGUCUGACCUUGGACUGCGUGUAGGCAAGAUUUUCACGUGGGAUGAGUCUUUGGUUGAGAUUAUCGAUAAGCGAUGGCGAGAUUCAGGGCUGUCUCGGGUUUGCAUUCGGUGUGAUGAAGCUUGUGUAGGGGAGAACGGCGACCAGGCUGCUCAAACCUUGUCGUGCAUUGAUCAUCUGAAAUCGUUGAAAGCGGAAGAAUUGGAUAUCUCCAUCUUGGUUAAAGGAAGUAAUGAGAUUCGGUAUGACCUAUUCGAGGACGAUGCUCAUAAUAAUGUUCUAUAUUCCACUGUCUAUUGAAUAUUCAGCUUUUACUUUCUAAUCAUAGUGUAUAUAUCUCGAAAUCAUGUCGACAGGGUUUCGUUUCAUCUCUACAGACUCCUACAAAUUCCUAUGCCAUUGCUAACACCAACUUAUUGUCGCCCAGUGUAGAGUUCAAAAUCCUAGACCCGGGCACAUCAAAAACCUGCUGUGAACCAACAUCACGAUGCCAAGACGACAGCCGACAGCCUCCCUCACGAACCAGAUUUU